UAUAUAUAUUGAAUUAUAUGCGUGCAAUAGCUAACAGUAGUUAUAAUUGGAGAGAAGAAGAAAAGCAGUUACCCAAAUGGCAGAAACUGCAAAUUCGCUCCCCGUCAUUGAUGUCGCUCUCCUCACCGGCGACGAUUCCGACCGGCGGUCCAAAGCCGUCCACGACCUCCGCCAAGCCUGUCACGACUGGGGAUUCUUCAUUCUUGUCAAUCAUGGAGUUCCGGAGGACUUGAUGAAUUCAAUGUGUGCAGCAAUACAAGAGUUCUUCGCCAUGUCCGUCGACGAUAAGAAAAAGUACGAAGCCAAAACCGCUUCAGAUCCAAUCCAAUGGUCCAAUUUCCAGCAAGCCUCUCUAUGGAGAGAUUACCUCACGCUCUACGUCCAUCCGGAAUUCCACUGCCCCGACGAACCCCAAUCGUUGAGAGAAGUUGUUUCAGAAUAUACGAAGAGGAUGCGGCAAUUGGCGAGGAAAUUGGUGGAAGCAGUGGCGGAGUCUCUGGAAUUGGAGAAACAGGACGUGGAUCAACUGCUGUUGAUGGAUUCCUCCUUCCAGAUGCUUACUUCCAAUUUGUAUCCUCCAUGUCCGGAGCCUGAUCGAGCAAUCGGUCUUCCUCCGCACACCGACCCCGGCCUCUUCACGCUGCUGAUUCACAACGGCGUCGCCGGACUUCAGAUCCAGCGCGACGGCGAGUGGCUCGCCGUCGACUCUCCUCCCAGCUCAAUUCUCGUCAACGUCGCCGAUCAGCUCGAGAUUUUCAGCAACGGGAAGUGCAAGAGCGUUAUGCACAGAGCAGUGGUGAACGGCGAGAAGCAGCGGAUUUCGAUCGUGGCGGCCAACGGGCCGUCAAAGGCGGCGACGGUGGGGCCGGCGGCGGCGCUGGUGGAAAACGAUGGGCGGGCGCUGUACAAGUCAAUGAAUUACGGGGAAUACUUGGCUGAACGUUUCAAAGGCUCUCGUGUCGACGGCAAGACCCUUCUAGAACGUAUGGCGAUCCGCCACCACGAAUGAAGUAAGAAUCAUUCUUUAAAAGCGCCGCCGCCGGCAGCGGAAAUAUUAGUUAAUUAUACAGUCUUAGUAUAUUUGAAUUUGUAAUAAUCAACCAGAUUUGUUUUGUUUGGAUUGUGUGUUUGAAUUUUUUAAUCAAAAUUUCGGGAUCCACUUGACACAAUUGUUUAUGCCAUUUUU